AUGGAACAUAACAUGGACAACGUCACUUCCAUGUCCACUUUUCUGCUGCAGGAAUUUUCGGAGGUCCGAGAAAUGCAGAUCUUACACUUCUUUGUGUUCCUAGCACUAUACCUGACAGCAAUAACUGGGAAUCUUCUCAUCAUCAUGGCAAUUAUCCUCGAUCACCACCUGCACACUCCCAUGUACUUCUUCCUAUUAAAUUUGGCUGUGUUGGAUCUUGCCACAAUUUCAGUUACAGUGCCCAAAUCAAUGGCUAUGUCUCUUACAAACAACAGGUCAAUUUCUUAUUUUGGUUGUGUUGCCCAGGUUUUCUUCCAUUUCUUUUGUUUGUCAUCAGAUUUUUUUGUCCUGAUUAUAAUGGCCCAUGAUCGCCAUGUUGCAAUCUGCAACCCACUCCACUAUGAGAGAAUUAUGCACAGAGGAGCCUGUCUUAAAAUGGUAGCCAGUGGGCUGACUUUUUGUCUCUUUUAUUCUGCAUUACACACUAUAAGCACAUUUGCAAACACUUUCUGUUCUAAUAUGGUCAAUCAGUUCUUCUGUGAAGUCCCAGAGUUAUUAAAGCUGUCUUGUACAAACAUAUACUUAGUUGAAGUUGGGCUUCUAAUUAUACGCUGCAGUAUAGCACUAGGAUGUUUUAUAUUCAUCAUCAUAACAUAUCUCAAUAUCUUUGCUACAGUUUUAAAAAUUCCUUCGGUACAUGGCCAGAAAAAAGCUCUCUCCACAUGCCUUCCCCACCUCGCUAUUGUCACACUGUAUGUAACAAGUGGAGUCCUUGCAUAUGUAAGGCCACCCAGCGAUCUUUCUUCUGUACUGGAUAUAACUUUUGCUGUGAUGUAUGCCAUCAUUCCUCCCAUGAUGAAUCCAUUCAUCUAUAGCAUGAGAAAUAAGGAGAUCAAGACUGCUCUGUGGAAAUUGUUUGCUUUGUUACUUUCCUCUAAAUUUAUCUUUGAACAUUUCAAGAAUUAG